CUGGUAGGCAAAAUCGAUUUUUCUUGUGUUUGCAAACUGCACAUUUGGCGGAGCAGCUGCGCCGUUCCAAACGCUGAUGCAUACAAAAAAGUAAACGUUUAAAUAAAGUAGCAAAGUUACCGAUAUAGUUAACGAGUUGCCUGUACAACAUGUACAACGGCAUUGGACUAACAACGCCGCGUGGGUCCGGCACCAAUGGGCAUGUGCAGCGCAAUUGGGCAUUUGUGCGACCGGGCAAAAAGGACAAGGACUACCGUGCCGAAGAUGAUACCAAAAAGUUGGACGCUCAACUGAAUCGGCCACCUAACAAGGAGAUACUCGAUCAUGAUCGCAAGCGCAAAAUCGAGGUGAAGUGCAUUGAAUUCGAGGAAAUACUCGAGAAGCAAGGACGCACACCGGAAGAGAUAAAAUCGCACGUGGAUUCAUAUCGGCAGAAAUUAAUGGGCCAGGGCAAAACCGAUUUAGCUAAGGAUGAAUUUGGACGCGUAGCAAACACCACAACAACCACUGCGACGGCAACGGCAACGGCAACCGCAAUGGCAACAGCCACCUCGACCUCCAUGUCCAACUCGGAGGCGAGAAGCACAACGAAAGCCUUUCAAACACUGCAGGUCGUCAAGGCAAAGAAGCGACGUAAACGUCGUAAACGCGCAGGACACGCAACCGGCUGUAGCAAAAACAGCAGCAGCAACAACAACAACAACAGUAGCUGCAGCAGCAACAACAACAGCAACCCCAAUGCAAUGGUCGGCUGUGUGGCUGCCACAGUCGGUGGCAGGAAAUGCAAGGCACAAUAUUUCCAGCAUGACAAUCGCGAGUAUAUAGCCAAGUAUGAGAGUUUCCAGUUCAUGGCACAGGCGACAUCGGCGGCGGCACUUAACUAUGCUGCCGUGGCCAAGAAGUUCAAGCCAUUGCGGCCGGUUUUGGCAAGCGGCGCCAAGAAGAACAGGCGCACAGCACAGCCGAGGAAGCCGCUCAACGACUGCGCCUGCGUCUGCCAAAAUACGCAAGUGACGCAAUUGACGCAAUGCCCAGCGGAGCGAACAGCUGUUCUGACACAGCGGGAAAAAGAACGACGCAAACCGGAGAGUGGCAGUAGCUCGGGUGGACAGGCGCUGCCGGCGCUGCUCGAACUGCUCAAGCAUUCGCCGAGCACGUGGCUGCAAACGCUGCUGCUGGGCGCUGGCAGCGCUGCGGUGGCAAGCGUGCGUGAGACCCAUCAAAUUGCCGAGGCACAGCAGCAGAAGAACGCAAAAUUGCGCGAGGCAUUUAACAUAUCCGAGUACUUUGUGGAGGGCAGCAGCUUUGAUUGCGAUCGCAAGGCUAAGGAGGACUUGGCCAAGACGGUGGCGCUGCAAAAGGAGCUGGACGCGCAGCGCGAGAGCCUUGCGGCAGCAGCAGCAGUGGCAACGGCGGCCGCAGCUGCAGCAGCAGCUGGCAAAGACAAGGAGACGGGCAAACGGUAUGCGCUUUUGCGAACGCCAUCACGCGAACGGGACGAUGUUGCAACUGGAGCUGGCAAACCAGAUGCUCCGGCUAACAGUGGAGAUGAGCGCGAGCAUGUGUCCAAGUCGGACAGAAAGAAGAAAAAGAAACGCGCCAGGGAGAGUUCAGCUAGUCCGGAGCGCCGCAAGGAUAAGAAGAAAAAGUCGAAGAAGCACAAGAAAGAGAGUAAGUCGAAAAAGUCCAAGAAAUCUCGCAAGCGUAAAUACAGCGGCAGCGAUAGCAACGAUAGCGACGAGGAUGAGGCGGCCAGCAGCGACGCGGAGCGUGAGCUAAAAAGUGCACGCAAGAAAGCCAAAAAGGAGAAGAAGAAGCGCGAGAAAAAGCUCAAGAAGAGGCAGCGUGCACGUGCCAGCUCCACGGACUCGGCACGUUCCAAAUCACCCGCGCGCAAGAUCAAGAAGUCGGGCAAAUCUCGCGCUGCUGAGGAGAAUGGCACGCCUACAGAGAAUCCCUUUCGCGGUCGUUCGACGGAGCGGCGCAAGGACAAAAAGUCGCGUCGCAAUGACUCCUCGACGGACAGUCGACGGGAGAAGCGCGACAAAUCAACGCGCACGCCGCCGCGUCGAGAAACUGAAAAGCCAACGCGCUCUAAGGAGCGACAGCGAGAGCGUUCCAAGCAGAGAUUAGGCUCGAAGGAGCGACAGCGCUCGAAGGAAGCAAAGCGCAAUGAGAGACAAAGAUCAAAGGAGCGACAGCGCUCCAAGGACCGUCACAGGUCAAAAGACAGAGCACGCUCCAAGGAGCGACAAUCAAAGGAGCGACAGCGGCCAAAGGAAAGGCAGCGCUCCAAGGAGAGACAAAGAUCAAAGGAGAGGCAACGCUCUAAAGAGAGACUAAGAUCAAAGGAGCGAGCACGCUCCAAGGAGAGACUAAGAUCAAAAGAGAGAAUACGCUCCAAGGAGCGGCAGAGAUCAAAAGAAAGAGUGCGCUCUAAAGAGCGACAGAGAUCAAAGGAGAGAGUGCGCUCUAAGGAGCGACAACGUUCAAAGGAGAGGGAACGACAACGAUCAAAGGAGAGGGAACGACAACGAUCGAAGGAGCGUGUGCGCUCCAAAGAGCGACAACGUUCCAAGGACAGACAGCUCUCCAAAGAGCGACACAAGUCCAAGCAGCGUUUAGGCGAUGCAGCCAAAGAGCGCGGCAAAGAUCGUCGACGCGAGCGUCGCUCAGCCUCACAGGCGAAACGAGGAGCAGGUCGUCAUUCGCGCUCACGUUCCCGAUCGCAUAAACGGCAGUGCACCCCUUCGCCCUCGCUGGGCAACAAGCAGCGCACACGCUCGCCGGAUCCGUCAAAGAAAACGGCGUCAGUUGUAACUGCGCCCGCUUUCAAUCCCUUCAAGGCGGCCGAGGAUACUGUGAACGAUAUACUGGGCACAAAGUCGGUGAUGGUGGCGCUUGAGCAGACGAAGCGCAGACGUGCAGCAUCGAGCUCGAGUUCCUCAUCGUCCAGCUCCAGUGGCAGUUCCUCGCACAGUGAGCCAGGCACGCCCACGCCUCGAAAGCAGCGGCGACGCAGCCAGACACCCGAACAGGUGAAGCACGAGCCAAGCAGCCCAAGGCAGCGAGAGCAAGCCAAGAACAACAACAUCAAGCGCGAACGUUGGGGCACGCCCACCAAGCCAAAGGCGCCGAAAAAAGAGAAGGAUAAGGAAAAGGACAAGGGCAAUACACCAAGUCCAAAAGAAAGCAAACGUCGCUCAGACAGUUCCAACUCCUCAGAACUGCGCUAUUCACCAGCUGAGCGCAAUCCCGAACGUUAUCAGGACAUUCUGCAGGACAAGAAGCGACAGCUGUCCAAGUCAAAGGACAUAAAGCCCGCGCCCAUCGUGCGAUUGCGCGCCCAAAGCGACGAUGGCGGCGAAGAAGAGACAGAGACGAGCGCUGCAGCUAUAGAGGAUUACCAGCAGUCGAAGCGGGAACGCGAAGAGCAACAAGAGCUGCGCAUGCUCGAGCAGCUCAAGUCGGGCAUAGCGGCCAAGGCCAAGCAGAAAAUGAAAACAAUGGAAAAGAAUGGCGAUACCAAAGAUGUGGAUGCUGGCAGCGAAGUAAGUGGCGAUACUAACAAUGUGGUGCUGGCCACCACCAAACGUAAUUCGCUAAAUGAAUUUCUUGUUGCUAACAAUGUGACCGCUUUAAUUAAUAACCCACUGACAAUGCCAACAACAACCACAACAACAACUACAAUUAUAACGACAACAACCACAACAACAACAACGCCGUCGCCGCCACCGCCAACGACAGCAGCCGAGCCGCUUACGCCGCCAAUUAGCAAGGCGCCCCAAGUGGCGGCAAAUGGUGGUGCCAAGACUCCGACCAAUCCAACGGCAAUAGUAACAACAAUGGCAACGGCAACGACAACGGCAAUAAUUAACCCAACAGUAGCAGGAACAACAACAACUGCAAUAGCCAAAUUCAAUCACAGACCACAACAGCAUCUACAGACGAAGCGCAUCUUUCAUAACCGCACGCUGAAUAACAAUCCCAACAGUAGACACAAUACUAACCAUAAUAAUAAUAAUCAUGCAUGUGGUGGUGGUGGUGGUAUUCCUCUGACUCCCGGUGGUGUUUCUCAUGCUAAUCACGCUAGCAACAAUCCCAACAACAAUGCGCUGCCCUUUCUAGCCGGCACGCCCGGCACCUACAAUCGCACAACGAACCGCCUCAAUCAUGGGCCUCUGCUGACCGCAACGCACUAUAAUAUCUGCAAGAAUCAGCACAACAACAACCACAGUCACAGCCACAGCAACAACAACGGCAAUAACAGUGGCUUGCAGCCGUUGCUCAGCCGGCGUGAUCAGCAGCAGCAGCAUCAUCUAACGCGUAGUCUUAGCAUGUACAAUCCUAAUCUUUAUGGCCAUGGGCCGCAGCAUGCACUGCUGGCAGCCGCUGCCGCCGCUGGUGGCCAUCAUGUGCAUCAUCAUCAUCAUCAUGGCCGACAUGGUGGUGGUCUCUUGUCAUUAAGUGGUAGUGGCGCCGGCGCUGCUGCUGCUGCAGCUGCUGCAGCUGGCUUGGCACUGCUCGGCCAUCCGGCUCAACAUGGCCGUGGCGCUGGUGGCCUCAGUUUUAAUGCGGCUGCAGCAGCCGCUGCGGUGGCGGCCAAUAGUAUUAGUUAUCAUCAUCAUCAUCAGCAACAGAAACCGAAAAUUGUUAUAAAACCGUUCAAAAUUCACGAUCCACAGCCCUUAGUCGCUGCACUCGCCGACAGCACUCUGGUGGAUGCCAUCGUCUCCAAGGUAUCAACAGCAACGGUGGCAGCAGCGGAGAGCGCCGCACGACGCAGUCGCAGCCGUUCGCGUCGCAGCGAUCACAGUCGGAGCAAGCGGCGCACGAGCAACAGCCGACAUCAUCAUCAUCGUUCCAGCAGUCGUUCCCGAUCUCGCUAUAGCUCCUCGAGCAGUCGCAGCGGCUCGUGCAGCUCCAGAUCCCGUUCCGGCUCGCAUUCAUCACGCUCCAGUGGCUCGUCAAGAAGCAGCUCCGGCAGCUCCUCGAGCAGCGGCUCGGGCACAUCACAAACCGGCUCACGCUCUCCAUCCAUACCAAGACGUCGUGGCUCGCCCAGCUUUUUGGACAGGCGUCGCAUCACUAGCGCACGCAAGCGACCUAUACCCUAUCACCAUAAGGCUUCUGGGGAGGGCAUUAACAAUGGCAAUGGCGAUGGCGACGAGCAUGUGGACAAUGAUGCAUCAAGCUGCUGCUCCAGUUGCUUCAGUCGCGGCAGCUCGCCGGGCACACCCAUUGCUGGCACACCAAUGCACAAUAGUCGAAGCCCUUCGGCGAUUGCCUUUUGAGUGUUAACCGAUUCGCUGCGCAAAAUGUGCGGCGAACUGUAAAGCAAAAAAAGGGGAAGCCCCCACCUACUCUAAGCAAAACUCAACUAGUCAAAUAUCUCUAGUCGCAAUAUGCAAAAAGAACACUUUAUAUAAAUCUCAACAUUAUGUAUCUAGGCUAAUUGUUGAGCAGUAUAAGAUUUGUUUUCCUUACA